UUGGAUAAUUCCAGAAGCAGGUUCGCAGCCUCUUCGACUUUUGUGCCCAAAGAGUUGCUGUUCAGCUGGACUUUAGCUCAAGAGCUUUCACCCUGGCACGUCGUUUGAAAGUCUGAAGACAACCGGAAAUUUUAGCUAUUCUUCUCUCUUCAACAGUUCGGAGAGUCUUUUUUGACAUUAAACACUGUAGACCUUUUAUUAGACGUUGUUAUCCUGUUAGCCGAAGUGUCAAAAUGUUGAGUGUAGCUAGAAGCGUUUCAAGGACUCUCUCGGCAAGGAAAUAUACCCGAAAUGUGUCAUCUUUGAUUGAGAAGACAUGCUGGAGUGGCCUCCAUCCGUAUGCUCCCAGAGCCCUGUCCAGAAGAGACUAUGCGUCAGAAGCCAUCAAGGGUGCAGUUAUUGGCAUUGAUCUGGGAACUACCAACUCAUGUGUUGCAGUCAUGGAGGGGAAACAAGCCAAGGUGUUGGAGAAUGCAGAGGGAGCCAGGACAACUCCAUCAGUCAUUGCCUUUACAGCAGACGGCGAGCGUCUGGUGGGUAUGCCUGCUAAACGCCAGGCUGUCACCAAUCCUCAGAACACUUUGUAUGCCACCAAGAGACUGAUUGGACGUCGCUAUGAUGACGCAGAGGUCCAGAAAGACCUGAAGAAUGUGCCCUACAAGAUUGUGCGUGCAUCUAAUGGUGAUGCUUGGGUAGAGGCUCAUGGAAAAAUGUACUCCCCCAGCCAGGCUGGGGCUUUCGUUCUAAUCAAGAUGAAGGAGACUGCAGAGAACUAUCUGGGAACUAAAGUGAAGAAUGCUGUCAUCACUGUACCAGCCUAUUUCAAUGAUUCUCAGAGACAGGCUACCAAAGAUGCUGGUCAGAUCGCUGGUCUGAAUGUCCUGCGUGUGAUCAAUGAGCCAACAGCUGCUGCUCUGGCCUAUGGCCUGGACAAAACCCAAGAUAAGAUUAUUGCUGUAUAUGAUCUUGGUGGAGGUACGUUUGAUAUCUCAGUCCUGGAGAUCCAGAAAGGAGUUUUUGAGGUGAAGUCCACCAAUGGUGACACCUUCCUGGGAGGAGAGGACUUUGACCAGCACCUCCUCAAACACAUUGUCAAGGAGUUCAAGAGAGAGUCUGGUGUGGAUCUGAUGAAGGACAACAUGGCUCUUCAGAGAGUCAGAGAGGCUGCUGAGAAGGCUAAGUGUGAGCUUUCCUCUUCACUGCAGACUGACAUCAACCUUCCAUACCUGACCAUGGAUGCCUCUGGUCCCAAACAUCUCAACAUGAAGCUGACUCGUGCACAGUUUGAGGGCAUUGUAGCCGACUUGAUCCGCCGCACUGUGGCUCCCUGUCAGAAGGCCAUGCAGGACGCAGAAGUGUCGAAGGGAGACAUUGGAGAGGUGCUGCUGGUCGGAGGCAUGACCCGCAUGCCCAAGGUUCAACAGACCGUUCAGGACCUGUUUGGUCGUGCUCCCAGCAAGUCUGUCAACCCUGAUGAAGCCGUUGCCAUAGGAGCAGCCAUCCAGGGUGGUGUCUUGGCUGGUGAUGUCACUGAUGUGCUGUUAUUGGAUGUUACACCACUGUCACUGGGUAUUGAGACUCUGGGUGGAGUCUUCACCAAACUCAUCAACAGAAAUACCACAAUCCCCACCAAGAAGAGCCAGGUGUUCUCCACAGCAGCAGAUGGACAGACUCAGGUAGAAAUCAAGGUUUGUCAGGGUGAGAGAGAAAUGGCAGCAGACAACAAGGUGCUGGGUCAGUUCACUCUGGUGGGGAUCCCCCCCGCCCCUCGUGGAGUUCCUCAGAUAGAGGUUACCUUCGACAUUGAUGCCAAUGGUAUUGUCCAUGUCUCUGCCAAGGACAAGGGUACAGGCCGCGAACAGCAAAUUGUGAUCCAGUCAUCAGGAGGUCUCAGUAAGGACGACAUUGAGAACAUGAUCAAGAAUGCUGAAAAGUAUGCAGAGGAGGACAGGAGGAGAAAGGACCGUGUGGAGGCUGUCAACAUGGCUGAAGGAAUCAUCCAUGACACAGAAUCCAAGAUGGAGGAGUUCAAGGACCAGCUUCCUGCUGAUGAGUGCACCAAGCUGAAGGAGGAGGUCUCAAAGGUCAGAAAUCUUCUGGCCAACAAGGACUCCGAAACAGGAGAGAAUAUCAAACAGGCAGCCACCAACCUGCAGCAGGCAUCACUCAAACUCUUCGAAAUGGCCUACAAGAAGAUGGCAGCAGAGCGGGACAGCAGCUCGAGCUCAUCAGAGGGAGAGAAGAAAGAAGGCCAGCAGUAGAUCUUUGCACUUGGUUAUCACAUGGUUUUCCUUAGUUGGAUUGUAAGGGGGGGGGGGGGCACAAGCUGAAUCUAAGGCUCUCUUCAUACCCAGCUUUAACAUCUGUCUUGGGUGAUCUGAUUAUAAGCGGACAGCUGUAAUAACAGGUGUGAAUGAACCUAAGAUGCUUUCAAGACGUACUGAGAUCUGAUCGCUCAGACUACAUUAGGUGGUGGUCCGGCCACAUUCUGUUAGCACUCUGAAUACAAAUGUGUCCUGGGCUACGUUAAAGGGCAACCUAUUCAACUGAUGUGUGAAAACUUUGAAAUGGCACAGGAAGUGUCUAGUCUUUUAACCCACCAGUUAAAAACAGCAGUACAUUUGAUGUUUGCAUAUAGAGCACACAAGUGGUCUCUUGAGACACAUGUGGUCUAAUGCCAGGUGUGAAUUGAGGCACUCUGAGGAACUGUCCACUUGUAAUCAAAUCACCCAAGAUGAUGUAAAUGUCAUGUAAGAAAAGGGCCUUAGUCAUUCUCACCGUGAUAUAUUAUUCUGCUGAGCUUUGGCAGUAAAAUACUCUAGUGAAAAGAUAAAUGUCAGUGUAUGCUCUUCCAUGUCCUAAGAUAUCCUGUUGUUUUUUUUUUUUUUAAUUUAAUUGUCUCUAAAACUACUUCUUGACUAAGACAUCAUGUAAGUUUCAUCUUUUGUUCAUACUCUGUCAUCUGAGACAGGCCAGCUUGUUAAUAGCAAUUUGUGCUUGUUCUAGUUCAGUCAGAUGAAAGCUUCUAGACUCUGGGUUAUGGUGCAGUGUACAGUCCACUUCACUGCAUCUACAUAAUAAGAUAUUGUAUGGUGCUCCACAUCAGUUAUAGCUCUCUUGUUAAAACAGUGCAGUCAGAGAACAUUGCAGGUAGGAAGUUGCUGUACAAAAAAAUGAAAGGUAUAUUUGACUUUUUUAUGUCAGAAACUUGCCACCUGUCAGGAGUCUGAAGUGCACUUGCAGAAUAAUUUAAUUCUUGAAUUUUGUAAAAAUGCAUACAGAAACCUCAGAGGAAAUUUAAUCUUUUUUGUUCCAUCUCCUCUGUCCUCCCACAACAGGCUUAUUUAACCCAGGCAACAUCAGGUCAUAGUGAAUUCUCAAACUAAACAAUGAGGACAGAAUAAAAUUAUACUGCAUAAUUAUAUAUGUUGUGUGUGAGGAUAAGAUCAAGCAUUAGUUAAGGCUUGAGAAAUGUUUUUGUUCUUUGCAUUCUAUCUUGGAGCACACAUCUUGAACAUAGCAUAGUUCAGACUAGAUGCAUAGAUGAAAUGUUAAUAUAUGACUGAAGGUAUCACUCACUUCAGUUGAACUAUAAAUGAGUUUGAGGAGGUGAAUGUUAAAAUUACACAAAGGACGAGUCCUUAGUUUACCCCCCAUGCCAGACAAAUGACAGGAGGGAAGAAUGAGGAUCCAUGGAAACCAGCAGAGGAUUUGAAAAAUAUAAGCCCAACUUGUCAUUCCCCUUCUGAAGGAUGUCUUGUUGCUACCAUAAAAUGCUCUAUAUAAUGUGAUUGUUGCUGUAUACCUGCCUGAUAGUGAUCCAGGGAGCUUUACAUAUGAAAGGAGCAAAACAAGGCAGGAAGCAGUGUAUUGACUUGAGUGGGAGAGGUGUUCUGUUUUUUGUUUUUUUUUUGUUUUGUUUUUUUUGGACAAUGUCAUUCUAUUACUGGAGAGAACAAUUAAGGGUUGAUAACUGUUAAUGUUGUUUUCUAAUAAAAAUCUGAAAUGUGA